AUAAAGUAACAUAUUGUAAAGAAAAAGGAUAUUCAUUAUUAGCGAUAUUCUUCCUCCGCAUAUAUCCUAUAAUUAUUUAAGAAAAAUCGGUACUUACAUAUUAACGCCAACGCACCUAGUUGUUCCAUGGAUACAACGAAGUUGGAUCGAUCAGAGUAAUUUUUUAUUAAAUGCGGCCGAAGGCAAAAAAAACGUAAGACAACCUAGUUAUUCGAUCUUUCCAACUAUUCCAUUUUUGUCUCUUAUCGAAAGCGGGAUAUUUUUGCGAUAUAAUUAGCAGGGGAGAUUUAAUCACUGGUGCGCAAAGUGGCCAUUUUAUUUUAAUUAGCACAAAAUAAACACAUUUUAAUAAAUACAAAAAAUGUAUAUCGCAUCGUUUACGAUGGGCGGAACUUCCAAAGUGUAUAUCUCUUAGAAUAUUACUCGAAUAUUAUAUUUUGGAUAAUAGUAUAAACUAAUUGUACUACUUAAUAAGACCAAACAAUACUUUUUCAAUUUUUAAAAUCCACCACCCCUUAAUAUGGUUGUCACUCGAUAUCCAAUAGAUAAGUCGACAGAAGUAUCAGCUCUGAUCAACAACGGGAGUGAUAUUGACGUCGUGAAAGCUAAUACUACCCACCUUCUUUCAUUUUUCCUUUUUUGGAGUAAUGCAACUAUUCGCGCCAUUUUUUGUAAUCUCUUAGUAUUGCGCAUCGUAAUAAAGGAAAAUCUCCUACCGAAACGCCGGACAUUAUGAUUUACUCUCAAAAAUGGUAUUUAAUACAAUUCAUUGACUACUGUCAGAAUGAUACAUCAAAACUAGACUGAUAUUUGCAAAGGACCACACGAACGAACCAACAGAAUUUGUAAGUACGUGCUUUGAAGCGAAAACAAUAUAAAUAGGAUGAGUUUAGAUAGAAAAACAAUUGUAAGUCGUCUACAAGUUAAAGCUCUUAACCGAAUGUAUACCAAGGUGCAUGAUGGACUGCGUCACAUUUUUAUGGUAUGGUGUCGUGCCAAGUGUUCACGUAAAUUGUAAAAUGGAUCGGUAUCGGUAUUUGGAUAUACUAACAAAUAGAAUGGAACCAUAUUUAUUGGAGGCCAUAUCCAUACCAUACAGAUAUUUAUGUAGUAGAAUGAUCCAAAGCACACAGCAAAGGUACUACGGCAAGGAAAAAGUUAGGAAUUGGAUUGGCCCGCGCAAAGCCAGGACCUCAACCCAAUAGAAAACUUACGCUGGAGUUGAGGACUCUUGGUAUUUAAUACCAAAAAUUAUAUGCCUUUAAAUUCUUACGUGAUAAACUUAAUGAAUGAAUAGACGUUAACCAAGAAGUGAUUAUGUAAAAUGUAUUGAACCCACGAAUUAUAUAUAUUUGGAGAUAUAAAACGAUUUGGCGAUGUUCGAAAAAAUAAAAACGAAAUAAUUUACAGAACAUGUCAAAAGAUUUGAGAACAGAAAAUCAGAAAAUAUUGCCCGAAAACGAUUUGCAACACAUGCUUGAUAUAAUAGUACGAGAGCUAGCAACGUCAAAAAAACAAGAAUUUCAGGUAGGCCAGUUUUUAGAUAUGCUAUCUCUCUCACUCCCCCGGACAUGAUACAGGCUAUCUGGCUGGCGGUAGCGGUUGCGUUCAUCAGUGCGCAUCGUACCUAUACAGGUAAAAUAGUAUAAUUUCAAAUCAUUUUAAGAAGUUUUUUUUUUAUUAUUUUCAUUAAACAAUUCUCAAUAAAAACUUAUUAUUGCCAGAUAUUUUUGAUGUUGUUUAAACGGUGCCAAACGCCUAGGUUAGGUUGAAAAUUACUAAAAGUAGGUUAGCUCACUAACCAAAAAAGUUAGAAACACUAAAUUUCACAUAGGAAAUGGCAGAUAGAAGCUACACUCAGAUUUUUUUACAAAAUGGAAAAUGGGAGUGGCAUCGCCCACUUAUGGGUCAAAAACCAUAUCUCAGGAACUACUCGACCGAUUCGAAUGAAAUUCGGUAUAUAAUAUUUUAUUGACACCCUGAUAACACUGACAAAAAAUGGGCGAAAUCGGUUCACAUCCACUACAACUUUCCUUAUAACUCAAUUUUGAAAUCCAUCUUAUUCCUUAACUUUAUAAUGUAAACAUAAGGAACCAAUGAAGAUAACGGAAUAAAACUUUACACAAAUAGUGCAUAUUAUCUUUGGCUUCACUUGUGAAAAAAUACCAUAACUUUUCAAGGCCCCAGAUAUCGAACAUGUUGAACUCAGCGCCUAAGGAUAAAUUUUAACCGAAAAUAUGGGUAAAUCUCUCAGCUAAUUUAAUGUAAUUCAGAGGAAAUUGUUUUCUUCUAAUAGUGUGUCUCUGUUCCAAAAAUUAUUAAAAUCGGGUCAUAACAUUUCCAUAUACCUCAUUGUAGGUUUUUCAAAAAUACGGUGAGCUUUAUUCCGCAUAUAUGUAUGUAUUGGUUAAAUUUCUUCAAUAAAUUGCGAGAGUAUAAAAUGUUCGGUUGCACCCGAACUUAGCCUUUCCUUACUUGUUUGAAAUAAUUUUUAUUGACUACAAGCAGCUGUUGUCGUUUAAUAAAAAAUAGACGUUUGGCACCGUUUAACCAACAUCAAAAAUAUCUGGCAAUAAUAAGUUUUUGUUGAGAAUUGUUUUAUAAAAAUAUUAAAAAAAAAACUUCUUAAAAUGAUUUGAAAUUAUAAUAUUUUACCUGUAUAGGUACAUACGAUGCGCACUGAUGAACGCAACCGCUACCGCCAGCCAGAUAGCCUGUAUGAUGUCCGGGGGAGUGAGAGAGAUAGCAUAUCUAAAAACUGGCCUACCUGAAAUUCUAGCUCAAAAACGUUGCUAUGAUCAGAGAUCACCGAUUUGAAAUCGUACACAUGUAAAUAAUCAUUAUAUAACGGGUGAUUUUUUUGAGGUUAGGAUUUUCAUGCAUUAGUAUUUGACAGAUCACGUGGGAUUUCAGACAUGGUGUCAAAGAGAAAGAUGCUCAGUAUGCUUUGACAUUUCAUCAUGAAUAGACUUACUAACGAGCAACGCUUGCAAAUCAUUGAAUUUUAUUACCAAAAUCAGUGUUCGGUUCGAAAUGUUUUUUAUCGACAAAUUUUGUUCAGCGAUGAGGCUCAUUUCUGGUUGAAUGGCUACGUAAAUAAGCAAAAUUGCCGCAUUUGGGGUGAAGAGCAACCAGAAGCCGUUCAAGAACUGCCCAUGCAUCCCGAAAAAUGCACUGUUUGGUGUGGUUUGUACGCUGGUGGAAUCAUUGGACCGUAUUUUUUCAAAGAUGCUGUUGGACGCAACGUUACGGUGAAUGGCGAUCGCUAUCGUUCGAUGCUAACAAACUUUUUGUUGCCAAAAAUGGAAGAACUGAACUUGGUUGACAUGUGGUUUCAACAAGAUGGCGCUACAUGCCACACAGCUCGCGAUUCUAUGGCCAUUUUGAGGGAAAACUUCGGAGAACAAUUCAUCUCAAGAAAUGGACCCGUAAGUUGGCCACCAAGAUCAUGCGAUUUAACGCCUUUAGACUAUUUUUUGUGGGGCUACGUCAAGUCUAAAGUCUACAGAAAUAAGCCAGCAACUAUUCCAGCUUUGGAAGACAACAUUUCCGAAGAAAUUCGGGCUAUUCCGGCCGAAAUGCUCGAAAAAGUUGCCCAAAAUUGGACUUUCCGAAUGGACCACCUAAGACGCAGCCGCGGUCAACAUUUAAAUGAAAUUAUCUUCAAAAAGUAAAUGUCGUGAACCAAUCUAACGUUUCAAAUAAAGAACCGAUGAGAUUUUGCAAAUUUUAUGCGUUUUUUUUUUUUUAAAAAGUUAUCAAGCUCUUAAAAAAUCAC